AUGACACGAAUCAACAAACAACUGCUGCAGUUUGAAGACCAACCAGAUGUACAACACCGUUUGAGGUGGACAAGGACAAGGAGCAGUGACAGAACCUUCCUGUUCAAUUUCGCCAUCGACGACAUUAUGCGAAUGCGAACAGUCGAUCAAUGUCCUGCCGACAUCGUCUUAGCACCAUCAAGGAAACUUCAACUUGUUGUCAAUCUUGUGUCAAAGCUGGGAGCAACCUAUGGAAUACGUCUACACUCUGAUAAACGGAGGCAGAUGUGGGUCUCUUCGAGACCUCGAACGGGAAUGGACGGACAGCCGAUAGAACUCGUUGAUAAGUUGUGUUACCUGGGCUACGCUGAAGAACAACGGCAACUACGAGAAAGACAUUAA